CGGGCCCUGAGAGAGGCUCGGCAGGAGAGGCGGCGGAGUUACGCUCCCUCCUCUUGGCUGCUCAUUCCCGUGCUUCCCGGCGGAGGAAGGUUCAGAGCAUGGAGAAUGAUGAACUUCCGUCAGAGGAUGGGAUGGAUUGGUGUGGGAUUAUACUUAAUAGCAAGUGCGGCAGCAUUUUACUAUGUCUUUGAAAUCAAUGAGACUUACAACAGACUAGCACUGGAGCACAUCCAGCAACCUCCUGAAAAACUGAGAGAAGAAACAACCUGGAUGCACUCCUUAAAAACACGGCUGCUGUCCGUACCCUUUUGGAUGUGGACUAUUAUCUUCUUGAUCCCUUAUUUACAAAUGUUCCUGUUCCUUUAUUCCUGUACAAGAGCUGAUCCCAAAACAGUGGGCUACUGUAUUAUUCCAAUUUGCCUGGCUGUCGUUUGCAAUCGUCACCAAACAUUUGCCAAGGCCUCCAACCAAAUUAGCAGACUGCAACUGAUUGACACUUAAACCCAUCUGCGUUUCCCGAUGAACACUUUUAGAUAACCUGAAGGAUCUUGGCUGCAUCAGUUGAACAUACAAAUGGAAUGUGAAAUUCUUUUUCUCCACAUUUACUACUGAAUAGAGCAUCAACCUUCUAUUUUUUGAAUAAGUUGACUUUGAGUAUGGGUGCAUUCUAUUUGGUGGAAUAACUGGGCUUUCUUUGAGACUCGAGGAUGACAUUCUUCAUAUUUGCCUUAUAAUGCAGAAUUUCUACACUCCUAAAGUUUUUGUGGAGAAAACCUAUUUGAAACCUUAUUUCACUGUGCACUCCCACCUUUUAUCUUCAAGCUUCCCUCAGGAGGAGGAUCAGUGAAAACUGACUUUCCCUUUGUUAUAAUGUGUAAAGUUUGGAAUGAUCAUAAACUGGCAUUUAAGAUAUUGUGCUUUUUCCUUAAAUAAUUUUGCACUCAAUAAAACAGGGCUUCGUUCACACACGACUAAAAGAAAAUGAGCCCUUUGUUCAUUUAUUGCUUUUUUGACUUCCAGUUCAGUGUAAGUCGUUAGGCCAGUUCUUCAGAAACUGUUUUUCCAUAUAUGGGAACAAAAAUGCAACAUGUGCUAUAUGUCAAAUAUGAAGGCUGUGUGUGUAAGGGGAAAGAGAGAGAACCGCUCUCAAUUUUGCUUUAAAAUGCAUGUGACUUGACCAUUUUUUGCUGUUCAUGUUUUAGAAAAUUAUGACACUCACUGCAUUCUCCUCCCAGCAGUGCCCAGCAAUUAAAACAUAGUAAUUCAAUGUUCAUUCUAUUAUGAACAUUUCUCUAUCCAAUAAAACAGCCAUCAAACAUUAAAACCAACAUCCAAACCACAGUAAUAAACCCAGAAACCAACACCAAUUUACCAAGUAGAAAAUUAUCAGUAUUUGUUAAUACAGAAAGUAGCUUUAUAAUGUAAAUAUUUCAGUGGGAGCCGUUUAUCUACACUUGCUCAAUGUGAGUACAGUAUAGAUAUCUGCAUGAUCUAAGUCUCUCCCCCCCUUUUUUUUAGUAAAGUACUUCAGAUAUACCAAUUUCAUGGCAUCUGAGGGAAAAUGCAGUUAACUGCAGCUGAGAUGAUAUACUUUAGCAUCCUCCUGUGGCCUGGUUUCUAUCAAACCAGAGAAGGUUAUUCAUUUCAUUUGGUAUAAAUAUGAGUACCGGUAUGUUACUACCGGUAGCAACAAGUCCCAGGAGAUGUUGGUCCUGCCAAGUCCAAGCACUUUAUUUUCUUGACUAAUGUAAUGACUGCCAUAAAUGUGUUCUACUUUCUCUUCAUGGCAUGCUCCUUGCUACAAAAUCACUAGUAC